UUCGUGCCCCAUAUUCAAAACAACAUAAUGUUAGAGUUUACUUUAACAAUGCGCUCCCCGAUGAAUAAUAAUGCAGUACAGUAUUGCAAACUAGCUUUACCACGGGAUUUAUGGUUUAACGCUUUUUCAGACUGUCUGCCUGGUCUACAAUGAAAAACAAAAACAACAACAACAAAAGAGAACCCGUUGGAACUAAGCGGUAGCUAGCACACAAUGCUAAUACACUGGUCACUAGUACUUGUUUUAACCCGAGGAACAAUUUUGGCAGGUUUCAUCCUGUUUUACACCACGAGGAAUGAUGACGUCGCGCUGCUUUCGGCAUUACACGAUUCACAUGAACCGAGGUUUCUUGCUAUUUUUUUCCACUCUGAAAAAUAAAAGUUUUUCAGUUUUUCCCUGCAGAGGCCAAGUCAGCCUUGCUUAUCCAUGAUGUGGCUGCGUGUGAUUUUCUUGCUGCUGUGCACAAGUGCCGCUGGAUGCACAGACACGUUCAACGCAUCAGGACUGCUGCUCGAAUUUACGGCUGUGGACUUUGAUGACAAAAUCAAUUCUGGGAAGAUGCUCUUCAUCUAUUUUGAGAGCCAAGUCUCCCAAACCGUCUCUCUCUUCUUGGGGGAAUUGAAAAAGUCUGCAGAUGUUCUGAAAGAUUAUGGAGUACUCGUGGGCAAGAUCAACUGCAAAGAGGAGAGGGUUCCCUCAUACUGCACGAAAGAAAUGGUGCAACAGACUGCUUUUCUUUUCAGGGAUGGCAAGGAGUUCUUGAGCUUUGAUUUGGACACCGUGUUUGACGUCAACUCCAUUGUCUCUGAAGUCUUGUUCGCCAUUUUGCGUGACGAGGUCAAGUACGUGCAUUCGGACGCUGACCUCUUGGUCAUGGAGAAGUCCGUCAGAGGAAAGAAGGACAUCGUGCUGGCUUAUGUCAGCAGUCUUGGCACACAAGAGCACAGAUCCGUCAUGGAGACGGCUUAUGUGUACGGAUCGAAACACCAGUUCAUCCUCAUAACUGGAGGCCCUGUCUUGAAGCACUUGGGCGUUCACAGAUCCUCUUCGUUGUCUCGCGUGUGGUUCCUCCACUGCGUGGCCCCCAACACUGAGCGCUGCCCGUUGACACCGAUGAGGACGCCGCUGUCCACGCUCAGCCUGCACGCCUUCCUGCAAUUGAUGGAGGCGCCGCUGUUGUCGGAAGUAUACAAAGACCCCGCCGCUGUUCCGAGCCCACUCUUCCCCUACCGCCAGACCCCCCAGGUCUUUCUGUUCUCGCAUUCCGAAACGGAGCGACUCGACCGCGACACGGCCGAAGCGCUGGCCUGGAGGCUCCGGGGCGUUGCCCUGAUGACGCUGGUGCACAGGAAGAGCCCUGCGGUGAAAACGCCGGUUGAAUAUAACGCUGCUUACAGGCUGCCGGAUAAGGGGCCUGAGGUCAGGUAUUUGACCUUAGACAACCCGGACGAGCUCCUGGAGCUCUUCCUUCAUCGUGAGGGAGAUGAAAUGCAAAGUGAGGAGUUGGAAGGGGAAGAGUGUAAUAUUGAGGAUGACGUGUCGAAUGGGGAAUUGGAAGACGAAAUUGUGGCAUCCGUCUAUGUGAAUCGAGGCCACAUGGUGCACAUGGACUCCAUUACCCAACUGACGUCUGACGACUUCCCCGAUGCAGUAGCUCAAAGCGGCCUCACGGUGGUGCUCUUCUACCUCAAAUGGGACGCUGUUUCAAUGGCCUUCCUCAGCUCGUUUACAGAAGUGGCCCAGAGGCUUGCAGAUGCUGGCGUCGUUGACGUCCACCUGAGCGCAGUGGAUUGCGGCGAAUGGACCGACCUCUGCGCUGCUCGGCCAGUCGGCUCCCGUCCCAUCUCGUUCCAGCCAAUCACUGCCUUCCCAAGUGUCCUGCUACUCCGCCCUCACGAGCCCAUUCAGGUGUAUCGAGGAAUGUUGGGAUGUGAGCCGCUGCUUCGCUUUAUCUUCCUAAGCCGUCCGGCCUCUCCCCAGGUUCUGUCGACUCAGCAGGAAGUGACAUCAUUCCUUCACGGGACGCCACAUCCUGAGCUAGCGGGCUACAUCCCCGACAAAAUAGUCGGACUGUUUAGGAUGCGGACACUUUCGGAUGUGUCCGUUUUUAAUGAAGCGGCAAAGUCGUUGCAAGGGAGGGUGCUGAGUGCCCUGCUGACAGACGUGCUGGCACAGGAAUGGGCUGCCGACCUCUCUGUCAGCCUCCCUGCAGUUUUAGUGUUUCCGUCUUGGAAGCGACACCCCCCGCCCUCCGCGUUGUCACAGUUCACCUCUGCAGAUGAGUUGGUUUCCCACGUUGACGCGGCGCUGCUGCAUCCUUUGCCUGAACUGACAGUGGAAAACCUGCCGUCCUUCCUCAGCCUGGGAAAAGCUCUUCUCCUGCUGUUCGUUGGAGAAGAGGAGGACGAGCUCGGGUUGAGGCAGAACACGCUGCUGCUGGAGGAGAUGAAAAGGCUGCUGGAAUCGGGAGGCGAGAGGAUGGAGCCAUACUUGACCUGCUGGAUCCACCUUGGUCGCACUCCAGCUGGUAUGUCGGUCCUGGGCUCCUAUCUGGGUUCUCUGCCCCCCCUUCCUGCACUGAUUCUCACUCAUUUGCCCUCUGGACGUGAAGUUUAUGAGUACCCACCCAACACGCCCAUCACAGCCCAGUCUGUCUUGCAGUGGCUGCAAAGAGUGGAGGAUGCCAAAGAGUCUCCUGCAGGGAUUUUGGGGAAUGAUGACUGGCCUCCCUCUGUCGAGUUGUAUGACUUUCUGAAAAUCAUGGAUGAGGAGGAGCCCGGCUUUGCCAAGCAGCGCGUUCCUCAAGAGGACGACGACGAAGAAGAGGAGGUGGAUGAGGCAGAGUCGACCACGGAGCAAGCAACGGCAGAUUCCUCUUACCGCACGCCGCAUCACUCAGAAUUAUGACAAAUGAUUCGGAGAUUAUUUUUUUAAUCGUACCAUGGGUCAUUUGGUAGUGCAGUGGCUGCCACACAAUUGGACCAGGGUAAAAUUGCACUUAGGUUAGCAAUCGAAGGUGCACCCAGUCUCCCCAUCCCUAAGGCUGAUU